AUGGUGGUAUUCUCAAGGCAAACCUCCGGCGACACUGAAAAGUCCCCGAAAGGCCAUACCGCAAUGGACGAAGUACGGCUGGAGUCUACACUUGGGCAUAAACAAGAGCUGGCGCGGAACUUUGGACUGUGGAGUUUGACCAGCUUGGGAAUUGUGAUUGCGAAUUCUUGGGCUUCAACAGGGGGCACCAUUGUCGCUGCGCUCCAAAAUGGGGGUCCAAUGGCAGUUCUGUAUGGCCUGAUUCUGGUCAGCAUCUUUUACACGACCAUCUCAGCCUCUCUGGCUGAACUCGCCUCCUCAAUGCCUUCUGCCGGUGGAGUAUACUAUUGGUCAUCAGUCUUGAGCCGGAGUCGAGGCCGUACAGCGGGGUUCUUCACUGGAUAUUUGAAUGCUUGCGCGUGGUUGCUAUCAGCGUCAUCAAUGAGCUCCAUGUUGGGGAAUGAGGGCGUGGCCAUGUAUCUGCUCAAAUAUCCGACUGUGAAGUGGCAUUCAUGGCAAGUCUUCAUUGUGUUCCAGAUCGUCAAUUGGACGUGUUGUGCCAUCGUAUGUUUGGGAAAUCGGUUUAUUCCCCUCCUCAACCGCAUUUCCCUUAUUCUCUCAAUGUGUGGCCUCGUUACAACUGUGGUGGUUCUCGCGGUGAUGCCAAAAAAGCAUGCGAGCAGCGCCCAGGUAUGGACUGAGUAUCACAACAACACGGGCGGAUGGUCAGACGGAGUUUGCUUCAUGACUGGUCUAUUGAAUGCUGCAUUUGCAGUUGGAGUCCCAGACUGUAUUAGCCAUCUAUCAGAAGAGGUCCCCAAACCCGAAAUCAAUGUCCCGCAAGGCAUAAUGUUGCAGAUGCUCACAGCCUUCGUCACAUCAUUUGUGUACCUAAUCGCCCUGUUCUACUCCAUCCAAGAUCUAGACGCCGUCUUUGGAAGCAACAUCGGCUUUUUCCCAACCGCCGAGAUCUACCGGCAAGCGACAGGGUCUAACGCAGGCGCCAUCGGUCUGAUCGCGGUACUGUUUCUUGCAACCUUCCCAACUCUGAUUGGAACAUUCGUGACAGGUGGUCGAAUGUGGUGGAGUCUAGCACGCGACAAUGCUACGCCCUUUUCGAACUAUUUUGCUCAAGUGCACCCGACACUAAACUGCCCCGUGCGUGCCACGGUUGCUAUGAGCGCGCUCGUCACUUGUCUGGGGUGUAUAUAUAUCGGCAGCACGACGGCAUUCCAAGCACUGAUCUCGUCAUUCAUUGUACUAAGCUCGUUGUCUUAUUUCGGAGCCAUCUUUCCGCAUGUUUUGUCUGGCCGUGGAAAUAUGGUCCCCGGACCAUUUUAUAUGGGACAGAAACUUGGGAUGGCGGUUAAUAUCGUUUCUUUGCUGUAUAUUUUGGUUACUGUUAUUUUCUUCUGUUUCCCCCUCGUGUUGCCGGCCACGGUUCAAAAUAUGAACUAUACCAGUGUGAUCGUUGUCGGCUUGAUGGUCCUCACUGCCUUCUGGUGGGUGUUCCGUGGCAGACGCCAAUACCAUGGCCCUCAGUAUAGCUUUGAGGCUGCUGAGCGGUUAGCUACUUUCCAAGAGGGCAAGGAGGGUCGGCGAUCUUUUAUUGAUCUUGUGGGUGUAUCGCCUGUUGGUAUUGAGUAUGGGAAUGUUUCAUGA